GUCUACAAUAUGGGCAAGCUCGAUGAAUUGCUGCCUGCAUCAGCCGGCUCAACGACUCGUCAAAGUGCUGUGCAACCGCACCGGAAGAUCCUCGCUUGCCUGCUCGCGCUCUUGCUCUUGUUCUGGACAACAACUCGGGAUUUGAUCGCCGACACCCUCAAGUGCGUUCAUGGUGGGCGUAGGACACCCGACAGGGGCGUCAUAUGGGUCUCCUGUGGCGACGGAUUUCAAUGUGCCAACAUCUCUGUGCCUCUGGACUAUCACAAUGGGAGCGACCCAAGGACCAUGUCAAUAGCCGUGACGCAGCACCUUGCCACCGACUCGGAGAAUAGACAAGGCGCGAUAUUCAUCAACCCCGGAGGUCCCGGCGGUUCCGGGACCUCCAUGACCUACAGGCGUGGGCCAUACUUCAACAAGAUCCUCAAAGGUCAGUACGACAUCAUCGGAUUCGACCCCAGGGGAAUCAACCAAACGCGUCCCUACCUGUCCUGCUUCGAAACCAAGCUCGACGCGGAUGUCUACUCCGCCGUAUACGACAGGAACCUCAACCUUCCCAUCAACCAGACGUUACUCGCGGAUGCGAAUGAGGAUCUCUCCAAACAGGUCGCGCGAUUCAGCGCUGCGACCGCAUCUCUGGCGCAGAGGUGCGCGGAGAGGACGGGCGAGUACAUCCCCUAUCUCGGUACGGAGGCGGUCGUACGGGACAUCGACUACCUAUCGCGCAUCAUCGAGGGCGAGGAAAAACGCGUCAACUUCUGGGGCUUCUCUUACGGAACGGUUAUCGGCCAAUACCUCGUCAAGAUUCUGCCACCCUCGCGUAUCGGCCGCGUCAUCAUUGACGGCGUCGUGAACCCCGUCGUCUGGUCUGACUACCCUGCCCUGGCCUUCCAUGAGGGCCUCGACGACGUAGACAACGUCUUCGCCUCCUUCGCACGCUCCUGCUCCGGUGCUGGCGAUGCCUGCGCGCUCUCGCAUCUCGCGCCCACCGAGAUCGUCUCCGCCACGGACGCGCUCAUCGACGACCUAUAUCUCAAGCCGCGCCCGGUAUUCGGCCUCGGCCAGCCCGCGAUCGCCACCGCCCAGAACGUGCGCGACAUCGUCUUCCGAUCCGUGUACAGCAUCACGUCCUGGCCGGACCUCGCCGUGCACCUCAGCGAGGCGUUCCAGGGCAACUUCACCGGGCUCGUGAACGUGACCAUGCCCAAGGUCGAUCGUGAAGGUGGCAGUCAACCGGACGAUUCCCGGUUCGUGACGUACCCCAUCUGGUGCGCGGAUACCAAAGCGUACGACGAGCACCGCGCGGCGCCGUCUGACGCGGAAAUCGUCGAUCUCACUCUUGGCACGCUCGAGCGCUACUCGCGCCGCAACGGCGACGGCUUCUUCAAGCUCGCCUUCUGUCACCACUGGGACGCGGCCGGCGUCGCCCCGCGCCGGAGCCGGUACAACGGCACCUUCGACAUGGAGGACGAUACGCUCGACACGCCCAUCCUGAUUCUCUCGAACACCUACGAUCCCGUCACCUCCCUCGCGAGCGCGCGGGCGGCAAACGCUCGGCUGGGCAACAACGCGCGACUGGUGCAGCAGGCCGACGGCUGGGGCCACUGCACGACCUCCCAGACCUCGUUCUGUACCGCACAGAAGGUCCGGGACUACUUCGUCAACGGCGUCCCGCCGUCCGAUAAUCACACGAUCUGCCGAGUUGACCAGCGGCCGUUCGAGCCGUGGAAUCAGUCUUUCGCGCUCCCAGUUGCCGGGGCUGACAACAGUGCAAGUACCGGUCCUGCUGCCGAUUUGAUGGAAGCAUGGGCGGGGUUGGUGAGGGUGCAACAGGACGAGCAGAGAUUGUAAAGAGAACAAUUGGCGAAUGUAACGUAACUGGAGCGCGUGCUGUACCUCCGAAACAUUCUUUUGCAUGGGGGUUCUUUGUCGC